GUUUGCGCCAAAUGCGAGAAGGUAUGUUCUCGUGUAAUUGUCCUGACUUUGCUACACUCACCGAAUUUUGCCAUAGAAACUAUCCAAACUCGCUGCGCCAGACCCAUUCACGGCUAGCAGUAGCAGUAUCAAAGAUGGAACACGUAAAGUUGGCGAAAACAAGCUGCUAUCUCGCCCCGGGAGCUCCAAGAAUCGAUUUCAGCCCUAUCAAGGGAAAUGUAAAGACUGUAAGCAGCCGGUGACACAGAAUAAGGGCAAAUACUGUCAUGGCAAGGAUUCGUAAGCUGCGUCUUGUGCAUUCGCGCUGAAACUGUUUGAUAGGAUGUGCAUACAAGAAAGGUCU